AUGUUCGAGGUACGUCUCGCCAGAAAUCCGGCCUCAGGGCUGCGCAACAGUGCGUACUGUCAGCAUUCCUGUGCAGCUUGGUACAGACGCCAGACGAGCCGGAAGACAAUGUGCGAUGUCCUCUCGCAAGCCCGUCUGUCGAAGGGACUCGAAGCAGACGCCUUCGGCUGUCGAGCUGAGAAUGCCAAAUCUCUCCUUUCGGCCUAG